UAUUCCACGGAUCACCACCAAACAGACACAGCGUCGUUGACUCGUUGUCUAGACUCCUGGAGUCUGGAGUCGGGAGUCUGGACUCUGCACUAAAACAUCAAAAGUUCAAAACCCAACUUAGUCACACUCGUUCUUUAACAAGGUUGAAGAAGAUGAAUGCCAUAUCCCAAAUCCAAUUAUCAACUUCAAUCUCAAUGCAAAAUUUGAAACCCCAAAACACCAUUAUCAAUUUAUCCUAUUCCUCUUCUGAAACUUUUGAUGUUUCAUUUCGUAAACGAAACCCCUCAAUUUCCCGUAAAUCACUUCUUUUCACCAAAAUUUCUGCCAUGUCCACUUCUCAUCAAGCUAGGGUUCCUCCGCCACUUCCGUUACCCCCUCCUCCUGUUACUAAGUUCAAGAUUGCUCUUUGCCAGCUGUUAGUUACAGCCGACAAAUCGAGAAACAUUUUUCAUGCUCGUGAAGCAAUUGAGGAGGCUGCGAACAAGGGUGCACAGCUUGUUCUUCUUCCUGAAAUAUGGAACAGUCCCUAUUCGAAUGUCAGCUUUCCAAUUUAUGCUGAAGAUAUUGAAUUAGGCGGCGAUGCAUCUCCCUCAACAGCAAUGCUUUCUGAAGUUUCUCAGAACCUUAAAAUUACAAUAGUUGGUGGUUCAAUUCCAGAGAGAUGUGGUGAUCGGCUUUAUAAUACUUGUUGCGUCUUUGGGACUGAUGGAAAGUUAAAAGCUAAACACAGGAAGAUACAUCUUUUUGACAUUGACAUUCCAGGGCAGAUGACUUUUAAAGAGUCAAAUACACUUACAGCAGGAGAGAAUCCUACCAUCGUUGACACAGAUGUUGGGCGCAUUGGAAUUGGUAUAUGUUAUGAUAUUCGCUUCCAAGAAUUAGCGGCAAUAUAUGCAGCAAGAGGUGCUCACUUACUCUGCUAUCCUGGCGCAUUUAAUAUGACUACUGGUCCAUUACACUGGGAGCUACUACAAAGAGCAAGAGCAGCAGAUAAUCAGUUGUAUGUAGCCACAUGCUCACCAGCUCGUGAUACUGGAUCAGGAUAUGUGGCAUGGGGACACUCUACCUUAGUUGGACCUUUUGGGGAAGUCCUUGCAACAACCGAUCACGAGGAGACCAUCGUCAUAUCAGAGAUCGACUACUCACUGAUUGAGCAAAGAAGAGUAUAUUUGCCCUUCAUCAAGCAAAGGAGAGGCGAUUUAUACCAAUUAGUUGAUGUUCAGAGGCUGAAUGCCAAGUCUACUUAGCAAAACCAGCAAAUGCUGAAUAACUGCAAAUGUGAAAUCAACAUGUUAACAAGAACCAACUGAUUAGCAACUCAUGCAUGACGUCGAAUGCUGGUACAGCACAUUGAAGGCCUUCUCUUCACUUGUCUACUAAUUAUGAAGAUGACAAGAUAAGGUUUUGUAAGUGGGAUCACCUUCCCACAGAUUUUUAUUUUUCGACGGACGAUGGCAUGAUAGAAGUUGUAAAAACUUUCUGCAUAAUUGUGACAACGAUUUUGGAAUUUAGCAGUCUGGUACAACUCAUUAAUUCAGGGAAAUUGCUCAUCAUCUCCCGUACAUUCCAAUAAUAGUAGUAACAUUACUGGAGUUGGCCUGUGGGCUCUUAAAUGAGCUGUAGUCUAUCAAUGGAUAAUUCUGUAAUGCAUUUGUGGUCUUGGCCCAUGAGUGCAACUGUUUUCAAUAAAUGGAUGUGCAAGUGUUAAUUGUCAA